AUGGUUCCAUUGUCCAAGAUGACUCUUUCCAAGGUCACAAACGCCCGUGGUCACGAGACAGCUCUAUCAUUAUACGAUCCUAAUAAGCAAUCCAGGGAAAAGGAACGGAAAAGGCGGGAAACUUCUGAGCCACUGGCACAUCGAUCAAAGAGGACAUUGCCCUACAGGCAGGAUGUUAUGGACAGCUUUCGCUCUGAAGCCAUACUCCAAGACCGGCUGACGCUGCAGCCUUGCAUCAUACCAGGUCUCUUUCAAAAUGGUCGUGCAUCUUCGCCAAAACGAGUCGAAGAGCUGGCCUUUAAUUCCAUAGCAGUUCGGGAAAACCCACAGUCUCGCCAAUCGUUACGGCAUCAGCACAACCGGUCUCAAGGGAGGAAAUUGCAGCGGGGGGAAAGGGUGGCAAACGAAGUGCAAACUUUCGUUGGCCGUCCAAAGACAUCAACCAACGAGGUCCUGGAAUUACCGCCCUACCAACUCCACGACAUUUAUGUCGACUGGAGAUCUCGCCAGCAGCACGACUUUGGUAGUUACGAUGAACGAUAUGAUAAGGAACGAGAGCCUAUAGGCCCCCCGGAGAGGACCUAUGGCGAACAAGCAAAGGAACAGGGACAUUUACGAAAUGAAUAUAGUUCAUUAUCGCCCUUCCAGCGACCGUCAAGCAAUGAGACCACAAAUUAUUCAUCAUGGUCCAUGAAUAACAACGAAGAGCUAUCAGUAUCACAUCAACCUGGUCUUCGACACUCCAGUGACACUCCAGAGCCGAUUAGAAAGUCAAUGCGAGAGACUGGAGUCUUCGAUGGCACCGGAAUUACUGGCAAGGAUCGAAACUCUAGAACAGAGGCAUUCGCAGUUGACAAGCUGUUUCGUCACACGGAUGACUUGCUGGAGCGAGGAAGAUAUGCGACCCAGGAACAUAAUUCGAGGCCACAUAUCACCAUCGUGCAACAGCCAGCCAUUUUCCACUAUCGAGACAAAGGAACAAUGGCUACCGCUGAGCCCCUAGCGAUGUCGCAGACGCAAUUCAGCACGAAGGCUGUUACGAAACUCGAACAUGGUGAUGUUGUGAACUGUACUACCAAACUCGGUUCUCCAGGAACACACAUGGAAAGCCACGGAUUAUUGCCAUCAGAUGUAAUAAGACAAACCACCGACAGGAGCGUGCAGGUGGAAAGCGGCAUAUUUUCUAGUCAAUGUGAAGACUACACCAGAAAUCAAGUGUAUAUCACAGAGCAAGAGCGCUCCAAUCCUCAGCGAAGGGAGAUCUCUACUCAAACGUCGCCGAAAGCAAAUGUGCAAACCCAGGCCCAGACUCCUGAAAGCACUAAAAACGCUUUCUUGAACAACAUGAACAUGCGGUCGGCCAUUGCAAAUGCCAAGGUGGAAGAGAUAAGAUAUCAAAUUUUACUGGGCCCCAACUAA